AUGUCUCCUUGGUUCUGUUUAUUUAUGCUAAUUACUGCUAAUUGUGUACUACUGGCUGUGUUUGUUUCCACUUCUGAUUGCGAUAGCUUAAAGGACAACUUCUGCAGUAAAGAACGACAGAGGUUGAGCAGUAGUCGAGAAGAAUUCAUUGAAUCAGUUUCUGCAGGAGAGGAAAGAGAGGGUGAAAAUUUACACCCAGAAAGAGAGAAACAAAUAAAAUCCAGAAAAAUGAAGAUAUUCGAGGAUGCUACACGACUACUUACUCGCAACAUAAGAAACGCAAUGGCUUGGAUGUCCGGUGCCGAUUCGAAUGUUGCUUUGGUCAAUAAUUUACAGAGCAAUAAUUUAUUCAAGGAUAAGCGUGUAAGAGAUGCUAUGCUGAAGGUGGAUCGAGCUGAUUUCACAGCUAUAACGCCGUACGGCGAUCAUCCCGUUUCAAUCGGUUACGGCGCUACGAUUAGUGCCCCGCAUAUGCAUGCGUCUUCACUAGAGCUUCUGAAGGAUCAUCUGAAAGAAGGGAAUCGAGCGCUGGACGUAGGAUCAGGUUCCGGUUACUUAACAGCCUGUAUGGCGGUAAUGGUUGGUAAAACAGGAAAAGUAGUUGGCAUAGAUCAUAUUCAAGCUUUGGUGGAUGAUUCAAGGCGUAAUAUCAUGAAACAUCAUGCAGAUUUAUUCACUAAUCACCGCAUAAUUCUUGUACAAGGAGAUGGUAGGAAAGGUUAUGCAAAAGAAGCACCGUAUAAUGCUAUUCAUGUCGGAGCUGCUGCACCUGAAAUCCCUGUUCAGUUAAUAGAGCAGCUUGCUAAAGGUGGAAGGAUGCUGAUUCCGGUCGGUCCUGAAGGUGGUCCUCAGCGGUUUGUACAGGUUGACAAGGAUACUGACGGUAAUGUAACGCAAAAAGACUUAAUGGGUGUAAUAUAUGUUCCUCUAACUGAUCAACAGCACCAGCUUCAUAACUGA